AUGAACACAAAGACAGAAGAUGGGCUUUAUCAGUCAGAGGAUGACUUGGAUGAAGAUGAGGCAACACAAUAUAUAAUUGAACAAAGUCUAAUUCAAUAUAGAAACCUCAAAGGACUGAAUCCAGGAGAUGUAAAACCCAGUGAAGAUCCUGAUGAGAUUUUCAGAGCAAUCAAGGAGGGUGAUGAGGAUGCACUGAACAGACUGGUAGCCCAACCAGAGACUCUUUCCAGAGUUGAUGAGCGAGGAUGGAUCCCCCUGCAUGAGGCUGCAGUACAAAAGAAUAAAAUGAUACUAGAAAUUAUAUUCUCAGCUUCACCUCUGGGUGCAGCUCAGUGUCGCACUCUUAAGGGUGAGACACCGCUCUUUCUAGCUGUGCUCCAGGGCCUCAGAGAAAAUGCUACCUUCCUUUUACAGAAUGGUUGUAGUCCAGAUCUGCAGAAUGAUGAGCAGGACUCUCCAUUAGUGGCUGCUAUUCUGAAUGACCAAUAUGACUUGGCCACACUGCUGCUUCGCUAUAAAGCCAAAGUAGACCAAAUGGGACCACUAAACAGGACAGCCCUGCACGAGUGUGCCUUUUUAGGCCUGGAGAACUUUGUCUAUCUGCUCCUAGAAUCUGGUGCCAACCCAAAUGCAUGCGACCUCAAAAAGAAGACUCCACUGGCUCUGGCUGCACAGAAUGGACAUUAUAAUGUGGUGGAGGUCUUGUUACAGAAAGGAGCCCAUGUGUGGUGUGAAUCAGAGUCAGGCACUAUAUUGUUUGAUGCAGCAGCAUCAGGAAACCCUGACAUAAUCUCCUUGCUGCUGGACCAUGGAGCAGAUCCCAAUCUACCUCUUUUCAGUGGACAUCUGCCAAUUCACCGUGUGGCAUACCGUGGACACAGACUGGCACUUGAACGCCUCAUCCCAGUCACUAAAAUGGAUGCUGUAAAGGAAAGUGGAAUGAGUCCUCUCCACUCUGCAGCUGCUGGGGGACAUGCCCAUUGCACGGAGAUACUGCUUAAAGCUGGCUAUGAUCCAAACUUCAUGCUGCACCCAAGGGUGCGCCGCAACUAUGAUGAUGACCGCAGGUCUGCCCUCUUUUUUGCUGUGUCCAACAGUGAUCUUCAUUGCACCCGCUUGCUUUUAGAGGCUGGGGCAAUGGUGAACCAGGAUCCUAUCAGCUGUUUGCAAGUGGCUCUUAGACAGGGCAACUAUGAACUGGUCAAAACAUUGCUGAAGUUUGGGGCAAAUGUAAACUACUACUCCUGCAUCAACACCACUCAUUUCCCCUCAGCACUGCAGUAUGCCUUGAAGGACGAGGUUAUGCUGAGGAUGAUCCUGAACCAUGGAUAUGAUGUUAAGCGCUGCUUUGAUUGUCCAUAUGGUAAAAGCUCCCAUGUCUACGCUCCUUGGACAACUUCAGUCAUCAAAGACAUGGUGUUCUGUGAAGUGAUAACCGUGUCCUGGCUAAAGCACUUAUCUGCUCAGGUGGUACGCAUCAUGCUCGACUACACCAGUCAUGUCUCCUUCUGCACCAAACUUGAGGACACCUUAAAGCAGCAGAAACAAUGGCCAGAGAUCUUUCACAUUCAAAGAAAUGCGCGAAGCCUGAAGCACCUAUGUCGCCUGCGGAUAAGAGAGCAUCUCAAAUGCCUGCGCUUGAGAUCUCCAGUUUUUAUCAACUUCCUUCCUCUUCCUCCUAGUCUGAAAGAUUACCUACACUACAAAGAGUUUGAUGUUUACAGCAGGGGCAGCAUGGUUAUCCCUUAGUAAAAACAACAGCUGUCACAGAUAGAGGAGCAAAGACAGUUAACAUUAUAUGCAUAUUUCAUGUAGCCAGCCUAUUUUAUGCCAAUUAUUAUGUAUUUAUGAGUUUUUUCUUUAAAUAGCAUACAGUUACAUUGUAAUGCCUUGUGACUCCUCUGGCUAUAUGAGUCCUAAAGUGGCAUUUUGAAAAAGAAAAAUACAACUAAUGUUUUAGUACUUAUAGUAGUGGAUUGUAUUAUUACGUAAAUACAGAACAUGUCAAUGAUAUCACAGGGAGAAAUUGCUGAUUACAUAACAAUACUAUAUACAUUACAAUAAACAUUACUUUA